CAAGGGAAAACAGAAAAUACUACUUACUGCAUACAUUUGUAGCCACAAUUCACUGAUUUAUAGCCUAUUUUUCUAAUUCAUUCUAAUUUGUUAGUCAUUAAACCAGUGACUAUCAUAAAGAGAGUCUAAAAAACCAAAAGAAUGGAUAAACGGAUUAAUCAAAAUCAUUGAAGAUGGAAGAGGACGGGCAGCAGGAGGGAGUGACGCAGCCAUCGUCGGGCUGCUUCAUGACUGCCUUGAGGUCAGUGGUGGCCAACAUCAGGAGCAGUAUACGGCGGAGGCGUGUGAACCAACGACAAAGGAACUACCGCCUUGCUAAGAUGGAGGUGGAGAGAGAUGGAAGAGGAUGCAAGAGAGGAGGAAAGAUGAAAGGAACUCGGGAGGAGGAUAAUAUCGUCCAGGCCCAAGGCCAGGCCCAGGCCCAAGGUUCCACCUCUGGAGCUCCAGGGCAGGUGUCUGGGGGGAAGAAGCCAAAGAAAUCCAAGUGGAAAAACUGGGCCGUCAAUUGGCCAUGCAGGAAGCUGAAGAGAGAGGCAGAGAUUGCGUCAAAGGCUGCUGAGUCUAGCAUUGGUACCAACACCAAGCAACCCAUGGAGGUCAUUGAGGGCAAGAAGGCGAUGGUGUCCAAACUGGCCGAGGUAGCAGGCUUACCUGAUAAUGAUGAUGAUGAUGAUGAUGAUAGAGGUGACGGUGACAAUAAUGAUGUGGUGUCUGAGAGCCUCACUGCUGCUCACAAUGAUGAUGAUGAUGAUGAUGAAGAUGAUGACGACGACGAGGAUGCCACCACCGUUGAUGAGUAUGGUUAUGAUGCUGAUGACGAUGACGACGAUGAUGAUGAUGAUCAUGAUGAUAGUGAUGACGAUGAUGACAAUAAUAACGAUGACAAUGAUGAUGAUGAGGAUGACGAUAAUGCUGACGAUAAGGAUGAUGCAACCCUCGAGGAGAGCAUCAAAUGCUGUGGGGAUGUCCAGUAUAGCCCACUGGCAAACGUUGAUUCCAGCAGCUCCAUUGAACUAGAAGAUCUGUUUAAAAUGGAGGAUGAGGGACAGGAAGGGGAAGAGAACGUAAACCAGGACGUAGACUCCCUCAAGCAGGAAGACGUCUGCAGGAGGACAAGCCCCUUCUACCGGGCUCUUACUGUCUCCUUGGUUUGCUCUGCUGCAGUGGGGCUGGACCUCAGACUUGCGAGCAUGCAAACCAUUUAAACCUGGCACAGCAGACAAAGAUUGAUGAAAUGGACUUCAUUUGGAUUUUCGCUAUGUGGAUUGAGACUGGAUUUAGAUUUUUUUUUUUAAAUGUAUGGAUUGGGCUUAAUUGUUGAAGAUUCCACCUGGAACGGAACAGGAGUGAGUUUGAACUGCACUGUGAACAUUUCCUCAAAGAACCUUCAAGUUGAAUCAUGGGGGAAGCUAAGAACAGCCAUCAAAUAUAUCAGAAGAAAUGUACUCCUUCUUCUUUUGUCAAGUAGAAAAUAAAAAAACCUA